UGUAGACGGAAUUUGGCCGUCUGAGAAGGCAUUAAGAGUAAUACGUAUCUUUUAUGUUUUUCGUUUGCCUUCCCCGUUGUAUUCACUAGCAUGCAGCAUUAACUUAGUAACUUCUCAUCAUUUAUAGCCUACUGAAAAUCUUUUGUGUGUCGCUAUGGAUAGUGAAAAUAAACCGACACCUGUGGAUUUGUUUUUCACAUCUUACGAGCCUUCUGAUAAACUCAAAAAUACUGAGAGUAAACCACCAAUCAUUUUCAUUCACGGACUCCUAGCAACACCUAACUGCUGGCACAAAGUAAAGAGCCGCAUUGCUGACAGCACUGGAAGAAAGGUUUAUGCUAUAGGAAUGAGAAAUCACGGAUCGAAUGGUUGGUCGGAUGAGUUCACUGUUGAACACCUUGUAGCAGAUUUGGAUCACUUCAUGGCGAAGCAAAACAUUCCCAAGGCUAUUCUCGUGGCUCACAGUUUAGGCGGUAGAGCAGCAAUAAGAUUUACAUUGUUAAAACCUGAGAUGGUGGAGAAAUUAAUUAUUGUAGACAUGACUAUCUCUGUUGAUGAGGAGCAAUAUGAAGAAACUCAGCAGUUUAGAUCCAUUUUAAUAAUGGCAAAAAAUUCUCUGGAGGAAAUUCCACCCUCUUUCUCCGAAGCAGCAGCGCAGAAGAAGCUUCAGCAACUAUUCUCUCUCGCUUGGUGCAAGAAAUCAGAAAAUAAAACUUCGAGACCACCAAAAAUUCCUUUACCAUUUCACAAGGACAAGUCGAAUAAAUUUGUAUGGGACUUCAAUAUAGACGCUGUUAUCAAUUCUCUGGCAAGUGCUCACAAUUUUCAAACAGAUUUGUCUGAAGAUUCGGUUUACCUUGUAGAAGCUUUGUUCAUCUCAGGAGAGUAUUCAACGAUUCCUAUACUUAAAGACAAGGACGUGAUUCAGAAACGUUUUCCAAAUUCCAAAAUUGUUGUUGCAAAAGAUGUUUACCACAAUUAUCACUUGGAAAAACCUGAUGAGUUUGUAAAUGAAAUUAUACAGUUUAUUGGACGAAAGAACAUCAUUUCUGUGCUGUAACAUUUUGGAAAAUAUUCAC